CAUGGAUUGUAUUACUGGAGACUCCAGCUCCGAGACAUCUGCUCCGCUACUAACAACGGAGCGCGUCCCCGCGUCGGUCCUGCUCCCGUGGUGCCCCAUCCUCCUCCUCCUGCCCUCGUCCCCAGACUUGUGAUCUCUCCGUUAUCAGUGUUAACGCGGUGAUCAUGAGGAGCCACAGUGCAUGUGCCCUCCGCGGUUUCCGGCGGUAGUUCACCAAAGCAAAGCGCGUCCCUUUCUUCACCAUCCCUCCCGUGCGCCCGAGAGGCAGCGAGUUGCGGCGGCGGAGCGAGCAGCAGCCCCCGGUGCCAUCGAGCAGCACAUUUCUUUUUGUCUGUGGGCUCCGCAGGCUGCUGGCUGCUGGCUUUGCGGCUUCGCAUCCUCUCGCUGCUGGCUACGUUAUUUGUAGGAGAGGACGAGGAAGGGCGGAUGAAAAAAACACAAGAUCUCCUCGUCUGAUGUAUGAAAGCGCUUCAACAGUCGGAUAUUUAAUCAGAUUUUGUUUUGUCUCUCUGCGAGCUUUUUGUGUUUGUUUGUUUUUGAAACCAUGGAGUCGGUGGAGAAGGAGUGUGGAGCGCUGGGUGGAUUAUUCCAGGCCAUCGUGAACGACAUGAAGUCAUCGCAGUAGAAAUGUUCUGCUGUGACAUUCGACCAAACAACUGUUCCUCCUGCAUCCCAGCCUCCAAGGUAGAUUAAAUGUCAGACACAGAAGGAUGCUCUGAAAGAAAACGACCAGCUCCAUUGCCUCAACCUCCUGGACAGAAACAGAGCUCUUACCCCGUGUGGGAAGACUUCAGUGCCAAGGCCACAAAACUGCAUUCUCAACUCAGGACCACAAUUCUGGCAGCUGUGGCCUUUUUAGAUGCCUUUCAGAAAGUGGCGGACAUGGCUACCAACUCUAGAGGUGCCACCAGGGACGUUGGCUCAGCUCUGACAAGGAUGUGUAUGCGACACCGCAGCAUUGAGACAAAAUUACGCCACUUUACCAAUGCUCUUAUGGAAGGCCUGGUUACGCCACUCCAGGACAGGAUAGAGGAAUGGAAGAAGACAGCUAAUCAGCUGGACAAAGACCAUGCCAAAGAAUACAAGCGGUCUCGUCAGGAAAUCAAAAGGAAGUCGCUAGAUACCAUAAAACUUCAGAAAAAAGCAAGAAAAGAGCUUCUAGGCCGGGGUAACCUGCGCCCCCAGCUGGACAGUGCCAUGCAGGAUGUCAGUGACUUAUACCUGCUGAUGGAGGAAACGGAGAAGCAGGCAGUGCGCAGAGCCCUCCUGGAAGAGAGAGGCCGUUACUGUACAUUCAUUAACCUGCUGCAGCCUGUGGUGAAUGUAGAGAUUGCCAUGCUGGGAGAGAUAACACAUUUGCAGGCCAUUGUUGAUGACCUCACUGUGCUGACUGAGGACCCACACAAGCUGCCACCCGCCAGUGAGCAGGUGAUCCGGGACCUGAAAGGCUCCGACUAUAGCUGGUCCUACCAGACCCCUCCUUCUUCCCCGAGCAGCACCGGCUCCAGGAAGAGCAGCAUGUGCAGUCUCCUUCAGAUGCCCUCUGCAGGAGCCCAUCGGCUCAGCAGCGUCUCUUCCCACGACUCAGGCUUUGUGUCCCAGGACGCCAACACCCACUCUAAGCCUCCAUCGCCCAUGCCCUCUGACAUCGCUAGCCAGAAAUCAACCAGCUCAGCCUCCUCUGAGGCUUCAGAAACCUGCCAGUCUGUCAGCGAGUGCAACUCUCCUACAGCGUUUGGCUCAUGCUCAUCCUUCGGUACCUUUCGCCCUGCUUUCUCUCACACUGGCACCAUCAGGCCUCUCUCUGUCAUACUUCCUGCGUCCCCCACAUUUAACCACUCCCCUGGAUCCAACACCCCCUCACCCACAUCAAAGGUUCCUAGCUGGAAGGAUUGGGCCAAACUGAGUUCCUACGAGCCAUCACUGGCCAGCACUCUGCAUCGUCGGAGGGAGUCUAUGGAUAAGAUGAGAGACCUGGAAGCUCCGCCCAGUCCACUGGGGUAUUCUGGGAUGCAACCAGAUGAUCCCCAUCGAGCAAGAAUUGGCCCAGGAUCCACAGCAGCCAAGCAUGGCGAGCCGCUCUCUCCAGCAGCCAGUACUCUAGCUAUGGUUUUGACCAGGGGCUUGAGUAUGGAGCAGCAGAAGAGCAGCAGGGACUCUCUGCAGUACUCCAGCGGCUACAGCACCCAGACCAACACCCCGUCUUGCUCUGAGGACACCAUACCCUCACAAGGUUCUGAUUAUGAGUGCUACUCUCUAAAUGGGGAUGCUGACAGUGAAGGACAGGCAGACUUUGACAAGUCUUCCACCAUCCCACGCCACAGUAACAUUGCUCAGAGCUACCGCCGCAUGAUCCAAACCAAGAGGCCGGCCAGUACUGCAGGCCUGCCUGCGGGUAAGACCCUGCAGGGAGCUCAAAACGGUGCAGGGGGAAGCAGCUCCGGAGCCAUCACCUCGGGGACGGCCACCAUUCGCCGGACACCGUCCUCCAAAACUGGAGUGAGACGCACGCCGUCCACAUCUGGCCCCAUUCCUAUCCGGCCCCCCAUUGUGCCAGUUAAGACCCCAACAGUGCCAGAUUCUCCAGGGUAUGCCAGUCCACCCCAGCAUCGUGAGGGCAGCGAGUUUCUGUACGGUGAUGACCCAUCUGCUAGUGACUACAUGAGGGCUUCUCCAAAGAGGAUGAGCCUCCCCGACACAGCUUGGGGAUGUGGGGGAGGAGGGGCGGACAGGACUGUUUAUGCCCAGCAGGCCCCCGGCAUGACCGCCCACAGUGCUGAGGAGGACCCUCUGUUCGCUGCCAACCGCCACAGCCUGGUGGAGAAGAUAGGGGAGCUGGCAGCCAGCGCCCACGCCCUUGGUGAGGGUCAGUUUCCCUUGUGCAGCUCACUGCCAGGGGAUCCGAAUCCCCAGGAGCUGUCCUCCACGCCCCAGGAGGACAUGGAUAUGCUGGUGUCUAUACGCCGGGGGGUGAAGCUCCGCAAGACAGUGACUGACGACAGGUCAGGUCCCAGGAUUCUGCGGUAGCUGAGGGAGAAGGAGGCUGUGAAGAAGCACAAGUUUAUUUACAAACUGAAGCUUUGUGGUGAAAUACAACAGCACUCAAGUGAUACAUGAACUGAGGUACAAGUAAUAAAGAGGAUGUAACGUGUGGUGAAUGAAGGCCAGUUCACAGAGCAGUGAGUGACCAUGAACCGUGUCAAGUCUAUUCAUGUCAUGUAUGUAUUGCGUACGUACAAAGUAAUCCAUAUUUUUUAUGUUUUUUAUUCUUCUUUUUUUGUUCUGUUUUCGUCUUUGGGCUUUGUGGCUGUGCAUCUCUGCUCCCUGUGUGACAAGUUUUUUCAGCCCAGUUUGUCCCUUUAGAUCCAGUGAUGAAGAUGUCACUACCGUAGGGAUCGAAUGCUCUGUGUCUUUGUUCUUGCUCUUAUGAUUAUUAUGAUAUUGUGCAUUUCUUAAUUAACACAGCCACCCGUCAGUGGGAAGUGAUAGGUGAAGUGCUCUGUGAGCCUGUCUGUAUGUUGUGUUUCACAUCAUUACUGUAUACAUACCGUAUUACUGUUUUUAUUUCAUAAGCUGAACAGCAGCUGUGUAAGUCAUGUAAAAUAGAAGCAAUAUGGCAGUGUUUUUAUUGCUGUACUGUGCUGUCAAUAUAUUCUGCAAUUAAACAGGCGUUUUGCUGUUAAA